CCUCUGCGCAGCGCUUUGCCCACCGAGAGGAAAAAACCCUCUCCAAGCUGAUGGUCUCUCCAAGAUUACCCUAUCAGGUGCAAACCGCUGACAUGUUUCCACCCACCAACAACAAAAAAGCCUCUCUGUGCCCAAAUCUCAAGCCGCAGACGCACAAACACCACUGACAGGCACUGCUGCGCCAUCAUCAGCCCCCAAACCUCUCCAGGGAUCCGCUGCUGCCGCCGCCGCUGCGAUUUUCACACUAGUUUUUUUUGAAAAACAUAACUUUUUUAUAUGCCUGGAGAAGUUUGUUUGUCCACUUUUAGCGUGGAAGGGCGUUAUAUUAUCCACCGCUUUUCCCUUUUCCACGGCAGCGCUUGGUAGAAUAAAAUGACCCAUGCAAGGUGUAGAAAUCCCCCGCAGGUACGGACGGAGCUGAGGAGCCUGUGAUCUCUGGAGCAGCAGGAUUUGGAUUGUGGGGGAACUUGGCUAUAGGUGCGCAAAACUCGGAGGAUAAUUUUCUGAGCGACGGGAUUUGUUUUGGAGAGUUUGACUUCUGAAUCAUUUCCACGCUUGGCACCGGUUUACGGAGACGUUGCGGGAUUUCGGGGAGCGGAGGAGACUGAGCUGAGAGAAAAAAAAAAAUCUGGAUAAUUCCCCCCCAACAAGGAAGCACCUAAUGUUGCACCCUGUGACUCUGCUGCUGCUCUCCAGUGAUCUAUCCUUACACUGGGAUUCAAUCUCCUACUUACCCCCGGAGUUGUGUGCGUAAAGGACGCGCAGGGGAGCGAAAGCGACAGAGAGGGGGGCGAUUUCGCCAACCUUUCCUGGGGCUCUAAAUCUGUGGAAGCAGGUGUAUUUCAAGUGUACUUCUGCAAGUCAAGAUGUCUCUGCUGCCUUCGAGGUUCAUAUACGUGUGUUUACAUUUUCUGGUACUCUAUUUCCAUUUACAGGAGUGCCAGCAGAGCUCUGCUGAUUUCAGGUUUUACAUCGAGAACCACACAAGGAACCCGGACGACCUGAGCAGGAAACAGGUCCGGAUCUAUCAGCUCUACAGCAGAACCACAGGGAAACAUGUCCAGAUCUUGGGGAAGAAAAUCAACGCCAAUGGAGAUGAUGGGGCUCUUCUUGUUGUCGAGACAGAAACCUUCGGGAGCCACAUUCGAAUAAAAGGAAAAGAGAGUGACCAUUACAUUUGCAUGAACGAGAAGGGCAAAAUAGUCGGAAGGCCCGAUGGAAGGAAGCAGGAGUGCGUCUUUGUCGAGGAAUUCCUGGAGAACAACUACACGGCUCUUGUGUCGGCCAAGUACAAAGGAUGGUACCUCGGCUUCAACAGGAAGGGUCGGCCCAAGAAAGGGGACCGGACCACGCAGAGGCAACAGGAAGUCCACUUCAUGAAGCGCCAGCCGAAGGGCAGGUUGGACCCGCUGGAGGAGUUUCGUUUCACCACAGUAACUAAGCGGACACGAAGGGCUCGGCGAUUAAAACCCAACUCCAAGAGGAACUGAUGGGACCAAUGGGACAGCACUAAUUUUUCCUUGGGGAAAAAACAAAACUGUAACUGAAAAUCUCAAGCUUCUUGUCUUAAAAGAAUCACCUUAAAGACUUCACUUCUGUAAAAGAGAGACAGACAAAAAAAGAACAAAAAAAAGUCAAAGAUGUUUUAUUUUUGUAUUUCAGGAUGACUGAAUAUUUCCUAACUCUUGGAUUCUUCUGGGUUGAUGUCAUUGUGCUAACGUGUCUGUCAUGUUAUUUAUACUGGAUAAACUAAAGGACCUCUGAGAGAAUUCCUGUCGCUGUCGUCCUCAGCUACGUUUGAACCGCAAGCUGAAGGCAUGCUUUCUUUUUGACAAUGGGGGCUAAAGCAGGAGCUGACGCAAUGUUAUAAAAAUCAGCCAACUAGAGAUUUAUUGGAAUACCUGUCGGUUUUUGUUUGUGUUGCCCCUGACAACGCGGAUCCCAUACUUUCCACUGGAAUCAGACACCAUGGAGAUGAAACGGAGAGAGGUGGCAGUCGCAGGUGACACUGUGCUGCCGGGAUAACUGUGUAGCUUUGAGUGCAAUAUUUUACAGGUCUCUCUCUUUCUCUUCCUCUUUUUUCUCUCCCCACCGUGUGUCUCUCAACCUCAGCUUCACUCGUGGCUCCUGGAAUGCGCUGAACCCUCUGAGUGCUGUGUGUGAUUUCCUUGACAUUUCCAUGGAGCCUGUGAUUCAGCUAAAACACGACAUGCUUUGACUAGUCGGGCACCAGCCGCGGCUUUAGUCUUCUUAAAACACACACGCAAAAAAAACAAUGCAAACAAAAAUAUAACAGCUGAUGUGAUUCAUAAAUCCACUAAGUCUUCCAACUUCAUCCCAUUUGGGAGACUGAUGUUAAUCCCUUUCGUCUCCCCUUGGACCUUUUUAACAGCUCUUCCUCACACGUGUUAAAGUUGUUCCAGAAAAGGAUGCCGUGAUUCUUUGAGUGUGAGCUAGCUAAUAUUUUGGGGUUGGUGAUGUAGACUUCCUCUACCUCCUUGUUCUUUUUGUUUAUCUUUACCUAGUCUGACUGUCUGCAUUCAGUUAAUCUCAAGAACCAUUCAGUCGACGCUGAGCUGAACCCCCCUGCCUCCCCGCCUCCCUCCCCCCUCCAAAAUCAUCUUUUCACUGUGAGCUCAUCUUCGCUCCUUUUCACUCUCACUGGAUGAAAGUCUCAAAAGAUGCUUUUGGGAGAGCUUAUCCCGCCCGUGCUUGUUUGUCAGAUCAGUGAUCCACAGACAGCAGCACUGUAGCUCUGACCGACCCUGAUCACUUCAUGAAUCCACAUUUUGACAAUUAAGACUUCUCCUCAACUCGUCCAGGACUCUGGGAACAUUUUCAGCGACGUGUGAUCGAGUUUUGUGUCUGAAUUCGAAAGGGAAAAGUCUUCUUCUUCUGUCAUUCCUUCUCUCACUGACGACCAACUCCAGCCCUCUUUUCACCAGUAGUGUGUAUUCACCUGUCUGCUGGCAGGUUUUUGUAUGAGUUGCUACUAACAACAUGACACAUUUAUGAUUUUUUAAAAACAAAUGUAAGCAAAAGUAAUUUUAUGACUAUUAUUAAGAUAUUUAUUGCCUCCCUUUGUAAAUAAAAUGUGAUGAGUUUUAUUUGGCCUCUGUUAAUAAAAUGAGGACUAUAUUUUAAAAAAA